GUAUCAAUUCAUAAUCAUAUGAUCAUUGCAAAAAAAAAAAAAAAAUAGAUAGAUUUGUACCUCUUAUAGAUUCUAUAUUUCUAAAAGAGUCUAGAUCUAUAAUAAAUAAAUGAUUCUAUAACUUAGUAAAACCCACGUCAAAUUAAUCAAAAUUAAUUGAGACUAAGACGUCUAAGUCUAAGAUCUGCAGCACAAAAACUUUCAGUGUGACUUUCUUGAGUCACUGAAAGUCUAAGUUAGACUUAGUCAGAGUGACUUGGAGUACUUAGACUCUAUUCAUCAUGAUUAUUCACUAAUCUAGUCUAGAUCUAACUGUAAAUAUUAUAAUUAUAAUGUCACCAUCGGCAUUUAGAUCUCGAUCUAAUAUCAGAUCUAGAUCUUAUACUACAAACGACUUAAAAUUUACCUUUAUUUACAUCAUGAUGAUGGUCAGCUGUCUUUCACAAAAUGUUCACAAUUUACAAUCAGACAGUGACUUGAGUGACACAAAAUUGUCCGGUGCAGUAGAUCUAGCAAAUAAGAUUUAUAAGAAUACUGGUGCAAAUAAAAAUAACAAAAACAUCACUGUAAAUGCAUCGAAUUUAGAUCUAGAAACUGCGAAUUUGAACUUCAAUUUAUCAACCUCUAUUGUUUCAAAUUGCUCAUUUGGAACUACAUACUCAGAUUAUGUUAAUAUAUCUCAACAGAUUAUAUUUAUUUAUAAUUAUCUGGAAGAAAAUAAGACAACAGCUGUACGUGUCACUGUAAAAUCUUCAAAUGCAACUGAAGCUUUUCCUACAAUGUUUGUUGCUAGGCAACAAGAAGGAAUUCUUUCUUGGCAAAUCCCAUUUGAAAUUGGAAGCAGCUAUUCUUUUUGGUCAGUGAGUAGAACAUUGUGUCCCAUAGACAAGAGUAAAAAAAAAACUAUUUCAAAAAGCCAGUUGAUAUAUAUAACUGUUUCAAGUAUGUGGGAGCAUAAUGUCCAUUUUACUCUUACUACAAACAGAGUUACUGAUUUUGAACUAGAACAUGACAAGCCAAGAACAUUUCACCUGAGUGUUUGGCAACCAACAUAUUUUAUGUAUACAUUUCCUGAAAAUGUUUCAACAAUUUUACUCAAAGUUACUUCAGCAUCACAUAUUUGUAUGACAGUAUCUGUACAAAAUAUUAAGUGUCCUGUAUUUGACCUUGAAACUAACGUAGAAUUUGAAGGAAAGCACCAAACUAUGACCACUCAAGCCGCCAUGUUUUUAGAGAAAGAUGACUUUAAAGAAAUGAAUGGAUUCUAUGUUGUGUUUAUUGUCAAACCAAGUAAUGAAGUUUGUGAAGGUUACUUGCAACAAACUGUGAUUGGACCAAGUAAUGAAACAGACUCUAAGAAAACAGUCACUGUGGAAAUCAAGGGAACUAUUUCUGGUUCUCAAUACUUAUCUGCAAUUUUGGGAGCUAUUGGCUUUUAUUUGAUAUUUUAUGUGAUUGCUUUCAUCAUAGGCAUUGUUUUUGCUGGAUGUGGCUUACACAAAGGAUUAGAUGAGUUAACGCAAGAGGAAAUAGAACAAUCCUGUUAUUUAUUUGAAAGAAGUAUGGAAAAUGUUUUGGCUACUCCUGGUAAUGAAAGAAGGUCAAUAAGCAGUCAACCAAAUGAGAGUUAUGGUUCAAUUUGUGCAUCUACAGAGUCCAGUGGAGAUAAUAUUUUAAGUCCAGCAACAUCAAUGAAUCAAAUAGAAUGUUCUAAUUCAUCAGACUCAUUGGAUGAAUCCAGCAUAGAUUUUUUACAUGAUGCAAGCAUUGAGAAAGAGAUAGUCAGAACUAAGACAGCCCUUUUUGUAAGUGAUUUGGCUAGAAAGAAACGGAAGAAGUUGGCUAAAUCCUACAGACUUUAUCACUGGAAUCUUAUAACUAUUGCUAUAUUUUAUGGCUUGCCUGUUGUACAAUUAGUUAUAACGUAUCAGAGGGUCUUGACAAGCACAGGCAAUCAAGAUCUCUGUUACUACAACUUUGCUUGUUCUCAUCCACUUGAAAAUUAUUUGAGUUCAUUUAACAAUGUCUUCAGUAACAUUGGCUAUAUUAUGUUGGGUCUACUAUUUAUUGUUAUUGUUUACCGAAGAGAUGUCUUACAUAAAAAAAUACUUCGUAAGCAUGGAAAGCUUGAAAAACUUUAUGGCAUACCUCAACACUUUGGUUUGUUCUAUGCCAUGGGCUUGGCUUUGUUUAUGGAAGGAAUCAUGAGUGCUUGUUAUCACGUGUGUCCCAACUACACAAAUUUUCAAUUUGACACAUCUUUUAUGUACAUCAUAGCAUGUCUAAACAUGUUGAAAAUAUACCAGUCCAGGCAUCCUGAUAUCAAUGCCAAAGCACAUACUGCAUAUUUCUCCAUGGCAGUUAUUAUAUUUAUUGCUGUGCUAGGUGUGGUGUAUGGCACAAAUAUUUUCUGGAUAUUGUAUGCACUGAUUCACAUGUUGGUGACUUUAGUUCUGACAGCUCAAGUCUAUUAUAUGGGGAGAUGGAAUAUUGAUUGUAAUAUAUUUAGAAGAAUAUGGCGUCUUGUGAUAACAGAAGGAAGAAAAUGUACUAACCCAGUUUAUCCUAGUCGCUUCACUCUUUUACUAAUUGGUAAUAUUAUUAAUUGGGUUUUUGCAUUAUAUGGAGCCAUAAAGCAGCCUUCAGACUUUGCCACUUACCUUCUAGCAAUAUUUAUAGGAAAUUUGUUGCUUUAUUGUAUCUUCUACAUCAUAAUGAAGUUGCUGUACAAGGAGCAUUUGAACUGGUUAGUUAAAAUUGUCAUCUGUACAUCAGUAAUUACAUGGGCUGGAUCUUUGUACUUUUUCUUUCAAAAUUUAACAUCAUGGAGUGAGACACCAGCAGGUUCUCGCUCAGGAAAUAGAGAAUGCAUAUUGUUGGAUUUUUAUGAUCAUCAUGAUGUAUGGCACUUCCUGUCAGCUAUUAGCCUUUUCUUUUCAUUUAUGAUCCUGCUGCUUUUAGAUGAUGAUCUGUCACAUGUACGACGAGACAAGAUUCCAGUUUUUUAAUUAUUGUUUUUAACUUCUAUUUUGUUUGUUUUCCCGAAAUUCGCAAUGAGUAUCAAAUUGUUUGUAUGUUGCUAACUCUAUCAACAAUAAACUAUAGUUUUGAAAUAAAA